CUAAUCUUAAACAUUUUUUCAUAUCUCUUCUCCAAUUCUUCCUAAAUCCUAUUCUUAACUCUCUACUCUCUAAUUCUCUUAUUCUCCAUUCUCCAAUAUAUUAUAUUUAUUAUUUAUAGUUUAUAUUAAUUAUCUACUUAUAUAAACUAUAAAUAGAUAUAAAUAGUAUUAUAUUACUUAUAUUUGUUAUCUAAUUAUAUAUUACUUAUAUAUUUAUUAUAUCUAUUAAUAUAGUUGGAAUUAUAUCUAAUUAAUUUGAAGUCAUUCUAUUACUCCCAUCCGAAAGACCGAAAGUCCGAAAGAGGUACGAAAUUAUUCUAUUAUUUAUACUUGUUUAAUUACUAGUUAAUUAGUUUUUUACAAUUUUUUAUUAAUUGCUACAUUUGACUCUAGUUUAAAAAAUAUGUUGUACACAAAACUAGUUAAUUCACUACUUAAUUUGCUAUAACUCGAAUUAAUAGUUAGAUAAAUAGUUAAUUAGUUUUUUACAAUUUUUUAUUAAUUGCUACAUUUGACUAUAGUUUAAAAAAUAUGUUGUACACAAAACUAGUUAAUUCACUACUUAAUUUGCUAUAACUCGAAUUAAUAGUUAGAUAAAUAGUUAAUUAGUUUUUUACAAUUUUUUAUUAAUUGCUACAUUUGACUCUAGUUUAAAAAAUAUGUUGUACACAAAACUAGUUAAUUCACUACUUAAUUUGCUAUAACUCGAAUUAAUAGUUAGAUAAAUAGUUAAUUAGUUUUUUACAAUUUUUUAUUAAUUGCUACAUUUGACUCUAGUUUAAAAAAUAUGUUGUACACAAAACUAGUUAAUUCACUACUUAAUUUGCUAUAACUCGAAUUAAUAGUUAGAUAAAUAGUUAAUUAGUUUUUUACAAUUUUUUAUUAAUUGCUACAUUUGACUCUAGUUUAAAAAAUAUGUUGUACACAAAACUAGUUAAUUCACUACUUAAUUUGCUAUAACUCGAAUUAAUAGUUAGAUAAAUAGUUAAUUAGUUUUUUACAAUUUUUUAUUAAUUGCUACAUUUGACUCUAGUUUAAAAAAUAUGUUGUACACAAAACUAGUUAAUUCACUACUUAAUUUGCUAUAACUCGAAUUAAUAGUUAGAUAAAUAGUUAAUUAGUUUUUUACAAUUUUUUAUUAAUUGCUACAUUUGACUCUAGUUUAAAAAAUAUGUUGUACACAAAACUAGUUAAUUCACUACUUAAUUUGCUAUAACUCGAAUUAAUAGUUAGAUAAAUAGUUAAUUAGUUUUUUACAAUUUUUUAUUAAUUGCUACAUUUUUUAGAUGGAUCGUCCUAGAUAUUCGGUUGAUAUGGGUAACCUCGAGCGCAACCGAACGAACGAGCUUGCGAGGAAGAGAUACCGCAAAGGUAAAUCCCAUCUCGGCUCUUCAUCUCAAAGUCAAGAUGAUUUUGAUACGGGUUACGUAAGGAGGGAUGGGGAUGCGAUGACCGACGAACAACUAGAACAAGAAUUGCACCGACAUAAUUCCCGCUUUUUUCAAGAUCAACCGAGGACCAUUGACGAAGAAGAGCUCGAGGACGAGGACGACGAUGUGGAGGAAGCAAUUCCGGAGAGCCACGACGACGAGGAGGAGGGUGGCGGCAGCCAUGACGCCGACCAAGCAGCCUCAUCCCAAACAGGUACAAAAAAAAGUAAAUCUGAAUUAAUGGCUAAUAAUUUUUCUAAGUGGAAGAACCCGAACACCGGGAAUUGGACCGCAACUUGCAAUUGGUGCAAGAAAAACUAUAGCUUGGGGAUUUCCGGCGGAUACGGAUCCUCCACAAGACACCUUAAGUCCAAACACCCGGUGGAGUAUGCAAAAUUAGGCGGCGGAACGGGGAAACAAACGCAAAUAUCGAGGUUUGCAAAUAACCAACAAGCUUUUGGUAAUUUCUCAUACAAUGAUGCACAAAAUUUGACAGGUAUGGCUAACUUACUUGUUGAAGAAAAUUUGCCUUAUUUGUUUUCUGAAAGCCUUGCUUUCCGUGAUUAUGCACAAACUUGUUUAAAUCCGCAAUAUAGAGGUUAUAGUCGCAAAACGGUUAAGAAAGAAAUUUCAAGGCUUUAUGGUGCGGAAAAGGUAAGGUUACAAAAUUAUUUUGCAAACUUUGAUGGACGUGUUACUGUAUGUUCUGACAUAUGGGAGGAUACUUAUCAUAAUUUACAUUAUUUGGGUCUGACUGUACAUUAUAUUGAUAAUGAUUGGCAUAUGCAUAAACGUGUUCUUGCUUUCCGUGAAUUUAAUGAUCGUCACACCGCUGAACAUAUUUAUAUUUUGAUUGAACGUAUUUUAAUUGAGUAUAAUUUAAUUGAUAAGGUGUUUGCUAUUGGUUUUGAUAAUGCUACUAAUAAUACUGCUGCUAUUCCUAGAUUGCGUGAAUUGUGUGGUUCUACUUCUUUGAUGGGUAGAUUUUUUCAUCAACGAUGUGCAUGUCAUGUUCUAAAUUUAUGUGUGCAAGAUGGUCUAAAAGCGUUGGGAGCAUCGUUGGAAGUAGUCAAGGGGGGGAUUAGACGUAUUUGGGGUAAUGGACACCUUAGGAAAAAAUGGCAUGAUUAUUUGAUAGAAAGAGGUGAGAGAUAUGUGGCUUUUCCAAAAGAUUUGUCUAUUCGUUGGAAUAGUACCUAUAAGUUAAUUGGAGUUCUUCUUAGAUAUAAACAACAUUUUCCUGCUUUUAUGAAACAAUAUGAUAACUAUAUUAUAAACUCGGCUGAGAUCGACACAUGUGAAAAAAUUUGUAAUGCUUUGAUAUAUUUUAAUAAUGCAACUGAAACUUUUAGUCAUGUUUAUAAACCUACCUCAAACCAAUUUAUUCGUGAAGCUGUUAAUCUCGCCGGUGCUUUUUCAAAUUUUGAGAAUGCUGAUUAUGUGAAUUAUUUUGCUGGUUUUAUGAAGGAAAAGUUUUUAAAAUAUUAUUCACAUAUUCCGCAUAUCUAUGGUAUUGCAUUUGUUCUCGAUCCUCGUUUUAGACUUGGUUCUUUAGAAGAAUGUUUGAAUUAUUAUUAUGCUGCUUUUUUUGGUCCAUUGCCAAUGUAUGAGGACAACCCAAUUGAUCCGAAAAAAGAAUACACCGAGGUUAGUGAUAUAUUUUAUGCAUUAUUCAAUGAGUUUCAUGCACAAUAUGGCAAUGCGCCCCCUCCUCCGACACAAACAUCAUCUAAAGGAAAAUCAAUUUUCAAAUCUACGUUUGCCAAUCUUAUUAAAAAAACAAAAUCAACUCCCGCUACACAACAAAGCACAAUUAAUGAGAUUUCUUUGUAUUUAACUUAUGAUGUUGAUUUUGAAGAAGAUGAUGAUUUUGACGUACUAAACUGGUGGAAGGGAAAAGAAAGAAUGUUCCCAGUUUUAGCAAAGAUGGCUAAGCAAGUGCUAUCAAUGCCGGUUUCAACGGUUGCCGUGGAACAAGAAUUUAGUUCGGCCGACAAUGUUCUAACACAAACCAGAACGAGGUUGAGCGCUGAAUCUCUUGAGAUGCUUAUAUGCUACCACGAUUGGUUGAAAGCAGCACGUAGAGCUCAAGAAAUUGACAUCACUCCAUCACAACACUUUAUGGAUGAAUCUACAGAGGGUGGCUCUACUUAUGCCGGAGAUUCCGAUUAAAAACAAUUAUAGUUCCUAUUUAAUUUUCAAAUGUAGUUCCUAUUUCAUUUCAAAUAAAUGCACUUGAAGUUUGUUUUUUAAUACUUGUAUAAAACUAUAAA